AGCCAAUAAAAAGAGAUAUCCUUCCUAAAACAUGCAGUCAAUGUCUGUACAGAAUGUUGGAAUUUACGUACUUAUUUGCACUUGCUAUGACCCAUGUCUCCAUCAGUUCCUUAGCCUACUUUACUAAGAGAGCAGCGUGCACCUGUCUGCCUCCUUGUGGGCCUGUACUGAUGGUCCGUGGUCAUGACCAACCAGAGCUGCCAGGAACAGUUCGUCUUGUUGGGUUUCUCAGACAGACCCCAGCUAGAGAAGACCCUCUUCGUGUUUGUGCUCAUCUUCUACCUUGUGACCUUGGUGGGCAACACCGUCAUUAUCUUGGUGUCCCGCCUGGACCCCUGCCUCCACACACCCAUGUAUUUCUUCCUAACCAACCUGUCCUUCCUGGAUCUCUGCUUCACCACCAGUUCUGUCCCCCAGCUGCUCUUCAACUUGGGUGGUCCAGACAAGACCAUCAGUUACACAGGUUGUGCCAUCCAGCUCUUCAUGUUCCUGGGGCUGGGUGGCACAGAAUGUGUCCUCCUGGCAGUCAUGGCUUAUGACCGCUUCGCCGCCAUCUGCAAGCCCCUCCACUACUCCAUCAUUAUGCACCCUCGGCUCUGUUGGAAGCUGGUAUCCAUGACCUGGGGGGUCGGACUCCUCAACUCCCUGGCUAUGUCCCCAGUCACCAUGAGGCUGCCACGAUGCGGGAACUGUGAGGUUAAGCAUUUCCUGUGUGAGAUGCCGGCUCUGAUAAAAAUUGCCUGUGUGGACACUGUGGCUGUGGAGAGCACUGUUUUCAUCUUAUCGGUAAUGAUUGUCCUGGUGCCCCUGGCCCUCACCCUCGUGUCCUACAGCUGUAUUGCCAUGGCCGUGCUGCACAUGAAGUCAGCCACGGGAAGAAGGAAGGCUUUCAACACGUGUGGCUCGCACCUCACCGUGGUCUCCUUGUUCUAUGGGAAUAUUAUCUAUAUGUACAUGCAACCGGGAAAUAAUUCUUCUCAGGACCCAGGGAAAUUCCUCACCCUCUUCUACAACUUGGUGACCCCCAUGUUGAACCCUGUCAUCUACACACUGAGAAAUAAGGAUGUAAAGGGUGCCUUGAGGAGACUUGUGUCCAGAAAGUAA